UGCGUCUCCUGUGGGACUUCCACCUCAGCCGAUGACACAUUCGGCUGCACCAGACAGCCCCCCCCCCCCCCCUGUACGGAUGGAAUGGUCGAUUCAGGCAAUUGGAACCUUUAUACGAGAGGAUUUCUCGAACCGGCUCCACCGCAUCUAAUUUCUCUCGCGUCUCACGCAAGCGGCGGCCAUGGUCAAAUCCACUAGCAAAGGACAAAGAUCCCCCGUGUAGCCUGUCACAGACUUUUGGGGCAAGUGCUGUUUAGCGAGGAGCGUUUAUGAAGUCCGGCACGGCACACGAGGGGGUGCGCGGCCAGUUACACGCCCGGCCGCCUUUGUCUCCCCAGUGGCGAUGUUUACACACCGCACCCAGGCACUCAUUUGAGGCUGGGUCGACCUAGGGGAGGCCCAGGACCGGUUCGGAUAAUCGUCACCGGUGUUGGCCGUGAGCGGCGAAUCGGGCUCGGGUCGCCGGGUUCGAAACCGUUGCGCCAUCCGCUCACGACCACCCCCUCCACCACCUCCACCACCCCCUCCACCACCACCACCCCCACCUCCACCUCCACCACCCCCACCACCUCCCACUCCACCCCCACCACACCUGCGUCACGCUCACCUGGAUCGCAGUUUUGCCGCGCUCUCCGCGUCGAAUCUCGUACCGAUUUCUCUCUCUCGAUCUGCUGUGUGUGUGCUGUGUGUGUUCUGUGUGUACUCUGUGUGUACUCUGUGUGUGUACUGUGUGUACUCUGUGUGUGCUGUGGGUGAGUGUCGUGAGCACUCGCUGUGAGUAUUGUGAUCGCGAAUUGAGCGUUGUGCCCGCGCGCCGUGUGCGUGUGUACCGGUAGUGUGUGCUGCUGGUACUGUGUGUGUGUGCUGCUGGUACUGUGUGUGUGUGCUGCCGGUACUGUGUGUGUGUGUAUGUGUGUGUGUGCUGCCGACACUGUGUGUGUGUGCUGCCGGUACUGUUUGUGUGUGUCUGUGUGCUGCUGGUACUGUGUGUGUGUGUCUGUGUGCUGCCGGUACUGUGUGUCUGUGUGCUGCCGGUACUGUGUGUGUGUGCUGCUGUCACUGUGUGUGUGCUGCCGACACUGUGUGUGUGUGUGCUGCCGACACUGUGUGUGUGCUGCCGACACUGUGUGUGUGUGCUGCCGACACUGUGUGUGUGUGCUGUCGGUACUGUGUCUGUGUGCUGCUGCCACUGUGCGUACUUCCCCAAACGUACCGCGUUCGCCUGUCUGCUGUGCACGCUGCGUGCACUCCCCUUGCACGCGAUCCGUGCGUGCUGCCCGCGCGUGUAAUGCCCACGUGUGCUGCGUGUACUGCCCCACGUGCGCGCUCCGACAAUGUCCACCAACCCCACCGCGUCCAGACGCGGAGCCGUGCGGCGUUCCCGCCCGUGGCGAUCCCUGUGCCGCUCCAUCGUCUUCCCCGGAGUCCGCGGGCUCCUCGGCCUCGUGCGGGGACCCCCCCAGGGGAUCCCUGGGGGACACCGGGGAGCUCCUGGCAGGGGCAUGAGCAGGGGGCUACACCGCGCGGUCUUCGCGGGGCUGUGCCUCGCGUCGCUGUGCGCCGUCUACCUCCUCGCUGCCAACAUUCACAUCCCAGGUUAUGGCUCGCAACUCGACUGGGUGUUGGGCCGUCACCAGCUCUGCUCAGGCGGCUACAUACGAAGCGUUCUUCACGAAAAUAAAUUCUCCGCGGUGCGGAGGAUGCACAACCCCUUCGUCACGUGGGGCGACGUGGCGCGGACGCUCUGGGGCAUCAUCCCGCUGCUGCCGCCCCUGCGCACCGUGGACCGCCUGCCGUACUUCUCCGAGGGCACAGAGAGGCAAUACCAGGCGUUGUUAAGAGCCGUGCCGGACUCAACGGUGCCCUGGGAACUAUCAAGGCAUGCAUGCAAGAGAUGCGUGGUUGUGGGUAACGGAUUCGUGCUGAGCAACAGCUCCCUGGGCAAGGAGAUCGACAAGCAUGACAUCAUCAUUCGAAUGAACGAAGCUCCCGUGACCGGCUACGAGCAGGACGUGGGCUCCAGGACGUCGCUGCGUCUCUUCUACCCGGAGUCCUCGGGGCUGGAGCGGGCGCUGUGGGGCCACGACGCCCGCUCCACCCUCGCCGUCUUCGUGCCCUACAAGGUGCAGGACCUGCUGUGGCUGCGCGACGCGGUGGAGGGCUUCGCAGAGGAGGCCGCCUCGAACGAGCUGCCCUACCUGCUGUGGCAACUCGGCUACGUCGAGAACAUCUCCUCUGCCGCGGUGGCCGCGAGCGACAGCCGGCGGCCGGGGUUCAUGUGGCUGCGGACGGGGACGCGGGACAAGAAGCAGCGCGUCCACGUGUUCUGGAGGAGGGUGGCGACGCGGCUGAGCUACAGCCCCGAGCGCAUCCGCAUCCUGCGGCCGGACAUCAUCCGCUCGGUGGCCUUCGACCUCCUCAAGUUCGCCAAGAAGAAGCAAGUGAAGCACUGCCAGGUCCCGACCAUGGGGCUCAUGGCGCUGGGCUUGGCGAUGCACUUCUGCGAUGAGGUCUCCAUCGCCGGCUUCGGCUACAACAUGAGUGCCCUGCAGCAGCCCGUGCACUACUACAGCAACGAUACCAUGGCGUAUCUGCUGGCACAGGCAGGCUCCCACAGCAUCCGCAGUGAACAGCGCCUCCUGCGGAGACUCAUCGCCGUUGGCGCCAUCGCCGACCUCUGCUCCUCCGCGCCCAGAAACUGAGGUCGCUUGUCGGACGUACCUGGAGCCAGAUACCCGGAACCAAGACACCGUUCCUGGAGCCAGACAACUUUCCUGGAGCCAGGUCGAGGAGCCUUGCUGAAGCAUUUCUCUGGAGCCACACGUGAAGGACCGGAAAUGGAUUUCCCACAUGAGCAAAGCCCGGAGCCAGAUCUGGAUUUGUCUUCCAAAGCUGUGAAUAGAUUUCUGGACACGUUGCUGCACGUGCAGUCAGGCAACCGACUGCAUUCGGAGCUGAACUUGGGGGGCCGAAUCUGAAGCCACGCCUAAAAUGUACUUCUUGAGCCGCGCACAGCGCAGAACUUGAAUCCAAAAAUCGCUCGUUUGGAACACCACAGCACACGCCUAAACACCUGCCUGUACAGACACCUGCCCUGCAGAUACACCUAUACAACACACACAGACACCACCUGAAGCUCACAUACCCUGGGCAAUGACAUACAAGGGCUCUGUUCGCCCGCCUCACUUGCGCAGAUUUCUAACACGUUUGCCUUAAGCUGAUUUCUGACAGCCGUGGAUUUUUCCUUGACUUCGACGGGAAGUGCAUCCACAGUUCUAUGCAAAUUUACGUGAGCGAGUAUUUCCAUGUUUUAAAAGGACAAAUACCUACCCUUCACCAAGCCCGGGGCCAAAGUUUGAACGCAUCACUUCUCUGGAUACAAAGGCCCCAGUGUUUUAAGUUAUGUUUAAGCGAAUAAACAAACAUUCUUAUA